GCCCCGACCCCGGCUCCUAGCCCGACCCCGACAAUGGCCCCAUCACCAGCUCCGGUCCCGGCUCCGUUCCCGUCCCCGACCCCGGCUCCUAGCCCGACCCCGACAAUGGCCCCAUCACCGGCCCCGACCCCGGCUCCUAGCCCGACCCCGACAAUGGCCCCAUCACCGGCCCCGACUCCGGCUCCAACAGUGGCCCCAUCACCGGCCCCGACCCCGGCUCCUAGCCCGACCCCGACAAUGGCCCCAUCACCGGCCCCGACCCCGGCUCCUAGCCCGACCCCGACAAUGGCCCCAUCACCGGCCCCGACUCCGGCUCCUAGCCCGACCCCGACAAUGGCCCCGUCUCCGGCCCCGACCCCGGCUCCAACAGUGGCCCCAUCACCGGCCCCGACCCCGGCUCCUAGCCCGACCCCGACAAUGGCCCCGUCUCCGGCCCCGACCCCUGCCCCAACAGUGGCCCCGGCUCCUAGUCCGGCGCCACCAAAGCCAGGAGUCCUUGGCAUGACACCAGGGCUCAAAUUGGUGGUGGCCAACGAUCCAGACAACGGGGACACGGUGUUGGGCGUGGGAGACACGCUCACCCUCUACUUUUCCGAGGCGACCAAUACGCCCGACAUGUCGACCGCCACCGCGCUUGGCAAGGCGUUCUCCGUCUCUUCAAGCGACAAGGAGCCAGGCGUCUCGUUGGUCGCUGCGCUCGGGACCGCUAUCUCGGGUGUGUGGUCUGCCGACGGCGCAGCCUUGGUUGUCAACGUCUCGUCAGCCGAUGCCACCUCUCCGAUGAAGCCGGGCGUCUCUGUAAUCACACCGACUGGAAGUCCGGCAGUCACUAAUGCCGCCGGCACGUCUGGCGCCGUGAGCAACCCUUCGCCCCCACUCUCGGGAUCAUGGGGUGCCAAAUCAGCGCACAUUGUUGUUGUCGACGCGCUGACAAAGUCUGAGGUGGCUCCCGGUGGCGAGCCGCUCCUGCUCGCUGAAGGCUCGCAGCUUCAGUUCCUUGUCCAGCUCUCUGUCCCGCCAAGCGCUGACGUCUCCAUUUCGUUCUCGAUCGGCCCCAACGCUGCCGGCACUGCUGUCCUCACGCCGGCGGCCCCGCUUGUCUUUACCGCCGCCAACUUCAACAUCUUCCAGUCGCUUGUCCUCUCCGCCCCGAGCGAUAACUUUGCCGGAGAGGACCUCGCCGUCCUCGCCCUUGUUCUUAAUCCGCCGGUCUCCAAGGAUCCUGCAUACGCCAGCAUGCCCACCGGCUCGGUUGCAGUCCAUGUCUCUGACGCCACGCCGGUCGGCAUCGUCCUUGGCAUGCCGAUCUACCCUCCGGGUGUCAUGCCACCCUUCCCCACGCCCGGCACCUCGCUCCCGUCGCUGGCCGUCACACCGGUCGGCAUUGUCUCGCAGGCCGGCCAUGUUGUGUGCACCUCUGUUGGCCUCGCUUCAGCGCCUUGGACGUCCGAUCCGGCUGUCCAGGCCUCGGUCACCGUCGUCGUCGAGGCCUCACAUCCGGCGGUCCGGUUCCUGCUUGGCGACGCCGCUGCUGACGACGUCCCCAUCGCACCGGUCCUGCUCGACUCGGCAGCGCUGACGAGACUUGACGCCAAGACCCAGUUGAGCCUUGUCUUUGGCGCCGACUCGCCGGCGUGGGCCACAGGCAUCCCAGUUUGCGUCGCGCUCUCGGCCUCGGUCGCUCUCGACAACGGCAUCGUCUUUGACUUGGUCGCUACCGUGGACGCCGCGGCCUCGACCGCCCGAGGCUACGCUGCUGCCGGCGCAGCCCUUCCGGACACUGCGCCAACUGCCCAGCUCUCCUCCAGCUUGGUUCUUGGCGGCUACCCGGUCAGCUGGCCAGCCAUCACCAACUACUCGCCGCGGGUCUCGCCGCUCGAUGGCACGCUGCUCCGGUUCGCUGGCAAGUUUCUGCACUCGCGCCUCAUUGUCCAGGUUGCCGACGCGCUGCCUGGUGCCAGCGCCAACGUCACGUUUGCCCCCGAUGGCUCGCUGCUUCUGCUUGAUGCGCCGCCGGUGUCCACGGCCGGGUACAAGACCAUCACGCUCCGCGACCCGGUCACCGGCGUCUUUACCGAGUUUGGUGACAUGUUCUUCACCAACGACUGUCCGGUUGAGGGCACCUUUGGUCGCGGUGACCAGUGCAAGCCGUGUCCCGGCGGUGGCGAUUGUCCUGGCGGCUACCGGGUCUGGGCGCUGUCAGGUCAUUGGAUCGAGGCAGAAGACGCCGCGUACGUCAUUGCAUGCUCCGAGCCUGCCCGGCGGCGGUGUCCUGGCGGGCGAAAGGCGUCUUGUGGCGCCGGCUACACAGGGUCGGCCUGUGCCGAUUGUGCAGCCGGCUACUACAAGCUCGGCGCGGCAUGCAUGCCGUGUGGGUCAUCCGCGUCGGUUUUUGUCACCCUCAUCUUGGCCAACGUCGUCUUCUGCGGCCUCUUUGUGGUCGGUGCUGUCCUGCUUCGCGACAAACCGCUGACUCUGGCUGUCCAGCUCCUGCUUGGCGUCAUCAUCCUCUACACAGUGGCCAAGACCAAUGCUGCGUCGAUGACCGGCUCGCUCUCGUUGCUCUACGAGAUUCUCUCGGUCGUUGCCCUCGACUUUCGGUCGGUCCGCCCCGGCUGUCAGGGCCUGCCCGGCUCGUUUUCGGCCGUUUUCUAUGCCACGCUCGCGGUCUGUGUCCUGGUCCUUCUUGUCAUGGCCGGAUGCAUGGCGGUGGUGCGGAGAGUGUGGCCGCGGCGACGCGCGUUCUACGCCGCCCGUCGCAUCCGCGCCCCGAUUGUCUACGGCACCAUCAUGUACAUGACAGUUACCCAAGUCUUUGCCGAGGCUCUCCUCUGCGUGCCUGUUGAGAAGCCCGAGGGCCGUGUGUGGGUUGUGGCCGCUUCGCGCGACAUGACCUGUCUCGCCGGCGGACAUAUUGCUAUGUUUGCCAUCGCCCUGCUCGGCUUUGUCACCUACUCUAUCGGUCUUCCGGUCUGGGUCCUACUCAAGGUCCGUGGCCUGCGUGCGGCAGGCGUCGCCGUCUUUGCGCCAACCAAGCGCGAUCUGAUGGACGAGGCGGCGCGGACGAUGUCAGCGACACGGAGCGCGUCUUCGGUGCCGGCUGCCAGCGCAGACGACAUUGCCGCAGCAGCAGCCCGGUACGGCAUGUUGUACCAGCCGUACCGCGGCGGGAUGUACCUGUGGCAGCUUGUCCAGUUUGGCUUGUACUUUGUGCUCGGUCUCGGCGGCGGCGUGCUCCGCGACGCACCCGGCGCCCUGGUCGGGCUCACCGUCACGGCGCUGCUACUGAUGGCAGUGUGUGUACUCUCGACCCAGCCGUUUGUGGCCGCCUGGCGGAGCUACGCCACCGCGGCAAACAUGGUUGUUGCCGCAGCAGUCACGGUCGUCAACUACGGCGUGGCCACUGGCCUGUUCAGUGCCGCACGCGCGGAGCUUUCGUAUACCACGCUCGCAGUGCUUGUGUGCGUCGGUGUCGGCGGCUGCGUGCUGGCGGCUUGGACCCGAGCUCGGGAGCGGGCGGCGGUCGCUGCCGCACAUGCUGUCGAGCUCGAACCCUCGGCCCACCGUCCGGUCCUCCCGCUGGGCCUCUCUGCGUCACUCUCGUCGGUCAACGCCGCCAUGCCGUUUUCGUCGGGCCUCUCGCUGCUCAGUGGCUCGGGCUCGGGCUCCGGCUCGGGAUCAACCUCCAGCAGUGCGCCGACCCGGUCGCGAUCGCCGCUUGCCACCGUGCCGCCCACCAUGGCCAAGGACCUCAAGUCGUCGUCGAGCUCCAGCUCGAGGAUGGUCCGCGACUUUACCGAGCCGUCUGGCGAUGACCUCGGCCAGCUGCACGGUAGCCGCAGCGAAGCCUCCGAGUCGGCCCUGCAUUCGUCGGCAGGGGAAAUCAUUCUAACCACCCAGCAGCGCCGGAUCCGCGAGCUCGCCUCGCGCGAGCCGCCGCUUGUCCGAAGUGGAGGCUCCGACCCGCGGUUCGGCACCGCCCGCUCCCGGGUCGCCUCAUCGAAUCGGUCGUCCCGAUCGCCGUCCGUAAGCAAGCGCCGCCGCAACUCGCCAGCUUCCGGCACGCCGCUGCGUCGGCGCUCCUUGGACACUAUGUCGUCGUUUGAUCUCGAGCUGGAUGUGAGCUCGGACGGUGGGCUCUCCAACGGACUGCCACCGCUGCCAGGGCCGAUGACUGCGAUGGGCGCUGGUGGUGUUGGACUGGGAGGUGGCAAUGCUGGUGGAGCGGAUAGUGGUAAUCCGGUGCUGGAUGCGGUGCCUGUUGGGUAUGAGCUGGAGGAAGGCGGCGGUGGGUUUGGUGGGGGCGGAGACGGAAGCGGAGAUGAAGGCGGGCUUUUGCUCAAUCUGCGCGAGCCGCCGAUGACGAUGUUGCAGGCGGCGCUGGCGUCGUCGCUGACGAGCCACAAGUCUGCUGUGGUCUCGGUCGGGGUGCUGGUGGCGGUGCUGGCGGUGCUCGGCCUUGUGGUUGCGGCGUGGGACGGGUUUGUGGUGCUCUUUGUCCUGCUCCUCUGCGUCGGCUCGGCAGUGUUUGCAGCGUGGCUCGGCCUGUGGGUCCUUGCACGGCCGGAAGGCUCACAGGAGCUGCAAGAAGUGGCGCGGGCAAUCCGCGAGGGCGCCGAAGGUUUUUUCUCGACCCAGUACACGGCGAUCGCCAAGAUUGCGGUCGCGACGGCGGUCCUAGUCUUUGUGCUGUACCUGUUCCGACCUGCAGCGGUGGCGCCGGCCGAGUCUGUGACACCGGUCGGCAUGCCGCCGCCGCCGCCUGCGCCUGUGGCGGUCCGGAGUGAGGGUGAGAGCGGGAGCAGCGCGGGCCGAGUCCAGCCUGUGGAGCUGUCGAACCUGACGUUUGCGGCAACAGCGGCGGUGUCGUUUGUGGUCGGGGCGGUGUGCUCGGGCCUCUCGGGGUAUGUGGGGAUGUGGAUGGCUGUGCGGGCGAACUUGCGUGUUGCAGCUGCGGCGCGAGCAUCGUACAACGACGCGAUCCAGGUCGGGCUCCGCGGCGGUGCGUUUUCGGGCCUGCUUGUGGUCAUUCUUGUGGUCUUUGGCCUCUGCUCGCUCUUUGUGGUCAACCGCAUUCUCCACCCUGCCCUUCCAGUGCACCAAAUCCCGCACCUGAUGACCGGCUUUGGAUUUGGGGCGUCGCUGGUGGCGCUGUUUGCACAGGUCGGUGGUGGAAUCUACACCAAGGCUGCGGACGUGGGCGCGGAUCUUGUGGGCAAGGUGGAACAGAGCAUUCCGGAGGACGACCCGCGCAAUCCUGCGGUGAUUGCGGAUCUUGUGGGCGAUAACGUAGGCGACUGCGCGGGGCGUGGAGCCGACCUGUUCGAGUCUAUCUCGGCGGAAAUCAUCGGGUCGAUGAUCAUCGGCGGGACGUUGGCGCAGGAGCUCUCGCUCGAGUCGCCGGUCUCGUUCAUGUUCUUCCCACUUGUGGUGCACUCUGUGGACCUUGUGGUGUCGUCGGUAGGUGUGAUGGUUGUCAAGACGAGUUCGCAGCUGUCGAGUGCGGCGGGCGCGGGCAAUCCUACGGCCGGGCUGGAGGAUCCGCUAGCGGUGCUCAAGCGUGGGUACAUGGUCUCACUGGGCCUUGCGGUCUUUGCCAUGACUGUGCUCACCUACUCGCUGCUGUACUGCGAGGCGUACCCAUCUGCGUGGUGGCACUACACGCUCUGCUCGUACAUCGGGGUGUGUGUCUCGUUUGCCUUCCUCUACAUCACGCAGUUCUACACCGACUAUGCGUACGGACCGGUGCGAGCGAUUGCGCAGGCAUCGACAACGGGCCACGGGACGAACAUCAUCAUGGGCGUGGCCAAGGGUCUCGAGUCGACGGCGCUGCCUGCGCUCACGAUUUCUGUGGGUAUUCUGGCGUCGUAUGGGCUCGGAGAGCGUGCGCUGCCGGGCGGCGGACUGUUCGGGACAGCGGUGGCGACGAUGGGCAUGCUGUCGACAGCAGUGUACGUGCUUGCGAUGGACACGUUUGGGCCGAUUGCCGACAAUGCGGGCGGGAUUGUGGAGAUGUCGCACCAGCCUGCGCGUGUGCGCGCGAUCACCGACUCGCUGGACGCGAUGGGCAACGUGACCAAGGCGGUGACCAAGGGCUACGGGGUCGGCUCUGCCGGGCUUGCGGCCUUUCUGCUCUUCCGGGCGUUCAUGGACGUCAUCUCCGAGUACUCGGGAACGGCGUUUGAUGUGGUCAACUUUGCCAAGCCCGCAGUGUUUGUGGGUGGGCUCCUUGGCGGGGCGCUCGUCUUUCUGUUCUCGGCGUGGACGAUGGCAGCGGUGGGGAACUCUGCGGCCAAGGUUGUGGUCGAAGUGCGACGGCAGUUUGCGGAGCGACCAGGGAUCAUGGAUGGCAGCCAGUCGCCGGACUACGCGCGGUGCGUGGCGAUUGUGGCGGCAUCCGCGCUGCGAGAGAUGAUCAAGCCGGGCCUGCUAUCUGUGUGUGCGCCGCUGGUGCUCGGGUUCAGCUUCCGGAUCGGGUGCGGAGUGUUUGGCUGUAGCUCGCCGCUGCUGGGCCCCGAAGCACUAGCAGGCUUCCUGAUGGUGGCGACGACGACGGGCAUUCUCUGCUCGCUCUUCUUCAACAACGCGGGCGGGGCGUGGGACAACGCCAAAAAGUACAUCGAGACCGGAGUCCACGGUGGCAAGGGCUCGGAGGCGCACAAAGCAGCGGUGACAGGCGACACGGUCGGCGAUCCGUUCAAGGACACGACCGGCCCGUCGCUGCACGUGCUGAUCAAGCUGUUGGCAACGAUCACGCUUGUCAUGGGCCCGCUCUUCCUCUGA